UUUUCAGUUUCCGUCGGAGUGACUUUGCUAAGGCAGGCGUUCUCUCUCUGUAGGGUGUGUGCUUUAUACUGGGAGUUAUACUGCGUGUUUCGCAUUGAAGUAGCUCGUUAUUGUCGAGUGAAGUGGUUUCACCUUUUGAUGCUGUAGAGCUGUUCUUUAACACACUGAGCGUAAAACGGGAAUCAGCAGGUCGCGCGAAGAGUGUUUGACCGAGUUUUGCCAAAGCGUGGCGUUCAUAUGCUGAAGGUACGAGUUCAAGGUUAUCAUCGCUGAAAAUUCGCCGCCAGUGCAUGCUGGUUUGUUAUGGAAAAGCGGUUGGAAUGCAUUACUUAUCUGUUGCGAAGCGGUGAAAUAUGAACCGCUGGUGGAAUAUGUGCUGCUGAUUACGAGUCCUGGUGGGUGGUGAGUUCGUCAGAAGUGCGUACUGUGAGAUUGCUGUGUGGUUCUCCAGCUGCAGAAGAGUGGUGUUCGUCGAGUAUUGGCCAGUAGAUAAGGAAAGUUUUGUGUUUGUGUAGAUGGUGGAAACUAAUUUGAGCAAACAGUGAGCUUCCGUUCUUCAUCAAAAUCGUUCGAUUAAAUCACUGAAGAGCGGUAUACACACAAUCUAAGCGAGUAGUCGUGUGCUUUGAAGUAAGUCCAUUGUGUCAACUUUUUACCAAGCCAGGCCGUAAAUCUGUAUGAGAAUUAUCGAUCAAGUUUCCGCUCUCCUUAAAGUGUCAUUCAAGCAAGAACCCGACGCUUUCCGUUGUUCUUAUUACAACCGUUCUGCCGCUCCCUCCCCGGAAUCGCCUGCAGGUCCUUACCUGGCAAACCAAAGUGUGAGUGUUCAUCGAUUCAGUGCACGUCGAGGCGUAACUCGUGCUGAGCGCUGUAGUGGAUUGAAUUUUUAAUAAGGCAUUACAUUUCUGAAUAAUUAAACGGAUUUCCUCAGACCGUCCUUCGUCAAACUAGUGAAAUGACUAGUGUCCCUGAAGUUGGAAGCGCUAGUUCGUGGCAACAUUGUUCAUAAAAAAAUACAAAAAGUUACAGCGAUUGCAAUUGCUGACGAGCCGUGGAGUUUCGACUGGCCAAUCAAACACAACGUAAUUAAAGCAGCAGCAGCUGGCAGAGACUAGCCGCCCUCCUGCCAGCAGUCAGACCAGACGACCAGAGCAAAGUUGAAAUACGGUGAAAGGCUAAAAAUAGUUAAAUAUUAUUGGAGAUUACGCCCGAAGAAGGGCUGCUCUGUUUUCCGAAGCGGCGCAGAAAUCAAAGAAGAAGAAGAGCGAAAAGUUCAGUCCCACAUAGUGAGUUGAUUAAUUAGUGUUGGAUUAAUGAGUGCACCGUCCGACUUCGCAAGGUCAAUCCUGUAGUGUACCCAACGGAGAAGUAGUUAUCCAGUGGAAGCAGAAGCAUAUAAAGUAUAUUCAUAUCUCUUUACACCGUUAAAGAUUAUCGCGCACCACAAAUUUUUGAAACUCUUUCAACAUCAAAGUUUUAUAAUCCGUACAUCUAAAGUGUAGUGGAUAUUUUCUUGUAUGAAUAUCAGAUAUCAGUAGUGUUUUAUGAAUACAUGUUAGAAUAGUGGCACCACAUUAUCACUAAAGUGAAUAAGAAAAAAGAGAAGAAACAACCGAUACAUCAAAAAAAAAUAUCACAAAAUUAAUAUCAACGUAGAGGCCCACAAGUGUAUCGCACCUGAUCCACAACCAAACGCCUUAUCCGUCAUCACAACAUAUCCCUAAAACGACCAAAAUAGAGCAACAGUGGAAAGAAUUGAGUGGCACCGAUAAAAUAAAAGUUACAAGUCACCUUGCUAGAAGGAAAUAGCGUCGUACAGUCCAAAAGGCAAGCAGCAGUAGAAUAUCCAGAGCACGUACCGAUAACUUCCAUGUGUAUUACCUAUUUUCGGAACAUAUCAAGCACAAUUUUAUUAAACUAAAGAUAAAUAAAACGCAACUCUUUGCGGAUAGUGAGCAGUGGGGACGAGAAGCGUAAAUAUCCGAUUGGUAACAUAAAACGGUGGCGUAGAAGCGAUGUCCCUCCAAAAUGAAGCCGAUCCAGCAAGCAACUCCGGUUACGGCAGCUCCGAUGAAACCGCUUCAUUACUGUUAAUGUCCGCAAAUAAUAGCAGCAGCACAACGACAACCACGGGAUCAAGUAUCAUAUCAACCAUUAGCAAAUCUAGGAUGGCAUCGCAUAGCUCUUUCAAUGGACCAACAAAUCAACAGUCAACUACGAGUAUGACAAGUCAGAUGACAAUUCCGGCCCCCGGUGCCAACGCUGCCACUGGCGGAAAUAAUAGUAGUAAUACAAACAAGCCAAUUCUCAUACGGCAAGACAGAACGUCGACAUAUCUAGCGAGCCCGCAACUGUCGGCAACGGGUUUGGGCGGUUCGGAGGAGAGCGGCCACGGAGAGGAUGAUCAACAGAACGCACGCUCCGUACCCGACAUCGAAAUGCACUGCCGCCUCGAGACACCGGCGAUUGCUGUUUCGACUUCGUGCGAUGGUCGGGGGACAGCAACAGGUGGUAGUGGAUAUCAGCUGGUACCGUACAACAGAUGUCGUGCCUGCCGAAAUUGUGAUAGACGUGCCUCCACUACACCGGUGUCUUCGCUACAACUAACCCGUUCGGUUUCGAAAGAAAGUGUUCGAAGUGCACUCCACAGUCGACUGGCGGUUCAGCACUCGACUAUUCCACCAGUGCUGAUUACUUCGUCGCCCACAUCCGGGUCCAGAAUCAUACGCCAAAGCUCCCAGCCCGAAGCCAGCUCACAUAUCUGCUGUGGUAGCCAGUGUGCGCAUGUCUGUGCGCACCCCAGCUCCUCGCUGCGGCAGUUACGUGAACCUGGUGACGGCAUCGCUGGCAUAGCGGCGGAUUCCUUACGAAUCAACGGCGGCAUGCGACAGUUCAAACAGGGUGUGCUACUCUGCCCACAGACUCUGUCGCAAAGUAGGAGAACUCGUCUGCGGAGGGCCUUCACCGAGGCUACAAAUGAGACCGUCAAUUACGCUAAAACGCUCCGAAAGCCCGUUUCCACGCUGUCGAUUCCUGGAUCGAUGAAAACACCGUGCGCCGGUAAUAGGGAAACAGUAUCGGCUGCAUGUACAGAAGAAGCCGGUAUCGCGCUCGUGGGCGUACACUCAGAAUAUCCCAGGUACAUGGAGGAGCGAGGCCUGGGUGGCGGAGUCUGUAAAGGUCCCGGCUCGGUGCAAGGAGGUCCAGGUCAAAAGCACAAACCCAAUGUCGGAUACCGGCUUGGGCGGCGGAAAGCGCUGUUCGAAAAGCGAAAACGAAUCAGUGAUUACGCCCUCGUCAUGGGUAUGUUCGGAAUUAUUGUGAUGGUGAUAGAAAACGAAUUAAGUAGCGCUGGUGUAUAUACUAAGGCAUCUUUUUAUUCAACUGCUUUAAAAACGUUAAUAUCCGUAUCGACUGUGAUUUUACUCGGGCUCAUUGUGGCCUACCACGCCUUGGAAGUUCAGCUUUUUAUGAUAGAUAAUUGUGCAGAUGACUGGCGAAUAGCGAUGACCUGGCAGCGAAUGAGCCAAAUAGCUUUAGAAUUACUCAUCUGUGCGGUGCAUCCCAUUCCAGGUCAAUAUUAUUUCCUAUGGACAACCAAACUAGCGAAUAAGAACAAAGCCAUGGGUUCGGAGUACGUUCCCUACGAUGUCGCGUUAUCUUUGCCAAUGUUCCUUCGUUUGUACCUGAUAUGUCGUGUGAUGCUGUUACAUUCGAAACUAUUUACCGAUGCCUCAUCACGUAGUAUAGGUGCACUGAAUCGUAUCAAUUUCAAUACACGGUUCGUGCUGAAAACACUAAUGACAAUAUGCCCGGGAACGGUCCUUCUAGUAUUCAUGGUUUCAUUAUGGAUAAUAGCAUCAUGGACGCUUCGACAGUGCGAGAGGUUUCAUGAUGAAGAACAUGCCAAUCUAUUGAACGCCAUGUGGUUAAUCGCCAUAACCUUUCUAAGCGUUGGCUUCGGCGAUAUCGUACCGAACACGUACUGUGGCCGAGGCAUUGCAGUCAGUACGGGUAUUAUGGGAGCCGGCUGUACGGCACUUCUGGUGGCAGUCGUAUCGCGAAAGCUAGAGUUAACACGAGCGGAAAAGCAUGUACACAACUUCAUGAUGGAUACUCAGCUGACGAAGAGGCUGAAAAAUGCAGCAGCAAACGUUCUACGUGAAACCUGGCUAAUAUACAAACACACCCGGCUGGUGAAGCGCGUCAAUCCGGGCCGAGUGCGGACACAUCAAAGGAAGUUCCUGUUGGCAAUCUACGCGUUACGAAAGGUUAAAAUGGACCAACGAAAAUUAAUGGACAACGCCAACACAAUAACUGAUAUGGCCAAGACACAAAAUACGGUUUACGAAAUAGUUUCGGAUAUGUCCACAAGACAAGACUCAUUGGAAGAACGCAUAACUAGUCUAGAGGAUAAACUACAAUCCAUUCAAACACAAAUCGAAAAUCUUCCGGAAGUACUGACCCGUUGUCUAACCCAACAUCAAGAGCGCAUAGAUCAAAGAAGAAAUUUUCUUCAUCCUGAUGCGGCAGUAACCGGGUCAUCAUCCGGAUUGCCAACUCCGGCUCCUCCCCUCGGCUCGCCAUUGAUGCUGCCGCAUUCCAGGAGCGUUCCAUCGUCGUCGACACCGGCCUAUCCCUGGCCCGCAAGUCCAAUACUCCCGCCAAUCUCCAGUAGAACGCCUCACCUGGUCCCGGAAACACUCACUCCUGCACCGGCAACAACGGCCUCAUCGACACUGUCAAAUUCGAUCACCUACCCAAGUGGGUACCAAUCGGCCAGCAACCAGUCCUCAACGACCGGGGACACGCAAACGCUUACCUAUAGGGGAACUAGCUGAAUCGAAACCAGUAGCUCAAACUCUAUCUCCCUGAUUUCAUUCUCCAACUCCAACAGUAACCACCAAAACUCCAACCCCAACACCCCCACCCCGACUAAUAGUAGUAGCAAAUUCACCAAACAGCGGGAACGGGCGACACGUUUCUAGUUAUUAGCGGUGCCCCUCCGCACCACGUACUGACGUGUGGCCAACUGACAAGCAGGGAACUCCGAGCACAUCCAAAUGUUCGGCUAGUGUGAGGCUGGGGCGACCGAAAACCGAAAGUGCAUCCAAUAUGUAUACGUAGCUGCAGGUGGUAUAGUGACGAUGAUGAGAAUGAUAACAAUGGUAAUUAUAUACAUGAGAGAUGAGACCGUGAGCGAGAAGCGUGAAUGAACGAUAGGUGCGCGCUAUGCAACGGCAAAAAAGGUUAAUAAAAAAGACUAUGUAGCAAUUAGUAAGUAAUUAACGAUAAAUUAUAAUAAAAUUCGAUAACAACUAACAAGCCACACGAAACGGAAGGACGCCACCAGUUGUAAAUCAUACUGUGCAAUCCAUCACAACUAGGAGGACAGGCUGAAUAGGUCUUCGUUAUGAGUAUCCGGGUCACAUUAAAAGUAAGUAGAUUUAUGAUCUGACAGAAAGAAAUGGAAAGAACAUUAGAACAGUAGAUGAUUAGUUUUAGUCAAGUAUCUUUAAGUUGAGUACCGACGAAUUUAAAUUGAUACGUUCAAAAUGGAUACUGCUCCUGAAAGUUAUGUAGGAAAUUCAAUACAUUAUCUUUUGUUCGUAGAUGCUUUCAAUAGCGUAUGUAGGAGAAUAUUUUAUAAAAAAGUAAUGGAAAAACUUUCAAAAAGUUUCUAAAAGACAGUAGUAGAUAUGAAACGGAACUAAACAUAUUACUUAGUGGAGAACUCUGGAUAGCAGCAGAAAAUCCUGAUCGUAAAACACCGGAUUCAAUUGCGAACUUCCCACUGGUUCUUAUUGUUGAUACGCUCAUUCGAAUAAUGUAAAGCUAUAUCCUGUCUGUUUCUCUGAAUAGUAUUGUGUAAACAUCUCAGUUUACCGCUAAGUAAUCGGUCUUGGUGGCCUUUUCUUCCGAAUAUUUGAAAAGUCUGUUUGUUUUUGCAGACAAUAUUGAAUUCUGCUUGGUUAUUCAAAAAGAAAAGGCUUGUUUCAACAAGCGGUUGUCAGCCAUAUCGGUAAUCGCGCAGCCACUUAGGAAGACUAUGAUUAAAACAUUUUCUCGACUUUGUGAGCAUGCAGCAUUCUUGUAUCUGUCGCAUGAUAUACGAAUGCGAAAACGAUAAAUAGAAAAAUAAAGCUCUCAAUUAAACCAACCUGUUUUACAUUAUUCCAUCUUCAGAAAUCAUCAAAUCGAUCCAGUGUGUGAAGCUAUGUCAUGGUGUUAAAGAACAAAAUCCUGUCGUUUGAGCUCGAUAAUCUCAUGUCAAAGUGUCUAAAUCUUAGCUGAGAUAAGACUGAAAAGAAACCCAACCCGCUGUGUAUUAAACUCAAACAUGAACGUACCAGAAGUUUCAAAUUUUAUUUGCUGCUAUCGCCGCUUCUUUGUGUCCUCAGACAGUUUUUCAUAUGGCUCAACAGUUACGAUUAGAUUCAAUCUGCCAGUUUACUUGAAAGCCAAGCAGAUCUAUCUCAAAUCAAAUAAAAAAUGUUUUGAAGGUUAUGCUAAUCAAAAUCUCAGCCGAUUACCUUGGCCAUGAAUUGAACACAUCUAUUGAAACAUUAGCGAUUCGAAUUGUAAGAAAAGAUAUAUGAAAAUAGUUUAGUCCAUACUUACACCACAUGUAAUGUGAUAUUAAAUAGUACAUUUUUAAUUGCGGGAAGGAUAACAACACGAAAAGUUUUGUAGAAUUAUUAGGCCAAAUGCUUUAAACUAAUUUAGACAACUCCUCCACACAAGAUGGGUCAAAUAUUAAACGAACAAUUGUCUUCACGAUUACCUAACGUACGGAUCAAAUGUUACGACUUCAAAGAUGUUAAUUUUUUGAACUUUUAAGCACCGUACAAAACGUAUCGAAAUCUAUAUGUAAAUUAUCUCAUUUAAGUGCCUUGUAAACCCUGAACAGUCUCUGAAACUUCUUUCAGUCAAAGGUAAAUUAACCUUUCAAUCCCACCUAUGAGCUACUGAGCUCAAAUAUUCUUCAAUCUAAAACAAAUCAACUAAAUUUUGACCCUUUUCAUUCCACUUUCCCUGCUACCACACUCGAAUCUACCAUAGGCCCCCACAAACAAGAGUGUUUCUCCAAGUAGAAUUUUACGAUAACCUUAGCAGGCUGUGCAAGCUGAGUAGGCUUAGAGUCCAUUUAAGGCGAGCAAAAAAAAACGUUCCAAAGAACGAAUUCGAAGCUAAAUCCGCGCUGAAAUGAAGCGGACCAACAAAGAUUUCAGUUGCUGAAACGUCACACUCUCCGUUGAAGAAGAAAAGUAGUAUUCUGAAUUUUAGGCAAACGAUAAAACAUAAGGUUAACAUUUUCCGACAUAAAAUUGAGAAAUAUAGCAGUUAGUCUAGUGAGCAACUUUGAUAGUGUAUUCAAACCAGAUUAUAAUGCUGACUGUCCCCCUGUCGCAAGAAUGAGACCGAGAUGAGAAAACGAAUAGAUAAAUAAAAAUACAGAGAUAACUAGCUGUACUUUAGUUUCGAGUGACGAAUGUAGCACAACCUUGACACAAGUUUUAUUAGAUUUUUAUUAUACCUCAACGUAUUUUAUAGGAUGAGAAAACCCAGAGCUGCAAGGUGAACCUGUAUGGCAAAGAAAACACUGGUUUCCAAAUAAAAACCCACUCUCACAGAGCAUAUGACAAAGCAGGCGAAACGAACCGAAAAGUUGCAGCAGAUCCGAAUAGGUUUUGCUGAAUUUACGGGAAAACACCCUAAUGUAAAAAGAUAACCGUUUUUAUAGAAGAACGAAUUCAUUAUUUCUAUAAAUAAAUGAAGAGUCGAAUAAGAGUCUUGGUAAAAUUGCUUUAAAUAACGUAACUAAGGAAACUAAUCCCAUGUCACUGAGCGAUGGUUCAAAUGAUUUUCCAUAACCAAAUGUUUAAACUUUUCACUUGCAGUGUCUGUUUGAUAGAAACGGAUUAUGCCUAUCAAACACUGAGAAAAAAGAAUGAUCUCAUGCAGGCGAAAUUGAACACAGAAAAAUUUCGAACAGCAAAAGAUUUCAGGGCAAAAUUCGAACAUAGAGUAGACGCUACACCUGAACGCAUUCGAAUAAUUUACUAUAUAAAAAUUGCACUUUUUUAAUACACCUACCAUGAUUUUGAGACAAGGCUGCUGAAAUAAUUUAUUUCUCAUCGUAAUAGGCUGUUUUUCAUCAUGCCAAUCCGUCAUGAAACGGCCUACUUUCCUGUACUGAAUCAUGCAGUGUCGUAGUAGUCAUCACGCAACAGAUAGCAAUAGCGCGAUAUUAAAAACUGAAAAGGCAAUAGAUGGCUUUCUUUCAGUGGUAGUAAAAAUGAAAUCCUGAAGCAAAGAAAGCUCCACGGAAGAUGAACUAAAAACAAAAAGUUAUCUAUUCACAUUACGCUUGAUUUCUAAUCACUACUUUUUCGGUCCAGUUUCUUAGUUGCAAAUAAUUUACGUUUUUCAUUAUUUUCCAUACGUUUGGACAGUUAUAGACUAGUAUUCUUCCUUGCGCUUGUGUUUUAAGUUUGAGAAACGAACGUAGCGCGAUCAGUGAGUGGAAUGCAAACAUCAGUGUCGCCGCUCGGCGGCCAGUGAGAGAAACUGCAUAUUCGAAAGGUUGUUAUCUGUACUUUUUACCGCUGGCAUUUUAGAACAAUAUAAACAGUCGUUACCCUAUUCCACAAUUACUAUUACGCAACGCUUUUUUUCAUUAAGCAACAGUUUUUAGUUUUGUAAUGAAUCAUGUAAACACAACGAUUGAAUUGAAAUUGAAAAAUAAUGCUGAGUGCAUCCCGACAUGACUACUGAUCUACAAAAUUGUACACAACUUGUUGCAGAACUCGAUUUUUAGAGCACUCGUAGUAAUUAUUCAACUUGACUAGCCUCGUUAGAUAUGUAUGACUCGUGCUGCAAAAAUCAUUCUGCAGCUUGAUACGUAAACUACAAUUUCGCCACAAUGGCCUUCACGAUUUCUAUUUUGAUAACCUUGUGUACUCGCUGCACACAUGGAAUAGCAUUUUCAGAACGAUACGUUUGAUUGUUUAUAUGACUUGUGCCAGUAGCGCAACCAGGAUUUGGCUCUAGGGGGGGUUUUAUGAACUUGAAGGUAAUGUGUUUUAGAGAAAGUGAAAUGGGUAUGAAAAAUUCCGAGAAGAAAAAAUUAAACAUAUU